GCCAGGCCCGCCCCCCCCUCCUCCCGCCGUUCCCUGCGCGCGGCGGAAGGAGACGUGGAAGGGGCAGUGGGAUCCGGAGCGCGAUGAUCACAGACGUGCAGCUCGCCAUCUUCGCCAACAUGCUGGGCGUCUCCCUCUUCCUUCUUGUCGUCCUCUAUCACUAUGUGGCCGUCAACAACCCCAAGAAGCAGGAAUGAGGAGCCCGGAGAGACCAGAACUGGCAUUGCACUGGCACCAGCACUGGCACUGCACCAGCACAGCCCUGCUUGGCCCUCUCCCUGCCCAGACAUGGUGGGCAGGAUGGAUCCCUCAGCACGUGGUGGUACCCAUGUUGGUGCCACACUGAGGCAGAAGGCCUGGUUUCUUCCAAACCAACUUUAACAGCAACACCGUAAUUCACCCCAGAA